AUGGCACCUCGCAAUGAGCGAAGCUCUUUGAAGCGUCGUCGGGGUAGCUUAGAGGAUCCCCAAGAAGAGCUUAAAAAGUCCCAAAAACCGCGACGGUCAGAACGCCUAGCUUCUCAAACCGGAGAUGAUAUAGCUGCAACAACCCCCAUCAAGAAUACAUACCUUCCGACUCCAUUGACACAUCAUGACUCUACGGUCACCGAUAUCCAGAAAGCCGUUACAGUCACCCCAGAAUCGCGCCGUACUCCCAGUUCUGAUGACCACUUGGCGGCCUUGUCGUCUCCGCCCGGUGACACUCAGGCCUUCUCUCAAUUCGUUUACCCCCCGCGCGCAUUCGCCGACGACGUUGAAGACGAAGCUGCGGAGGGAGUUUGGGGCUAUCUGAUUCCCCUUGACGACAAAGCCGGGCAUGCUCUGGUUUUGAAGAAAAGGAAUACCUGUGAAGACGAUUCAUGUGGCCAGGCAGAAAGGGAAGAAAAGACAAGCUCGCCCAGCAGAAGCUCGAAGAAACAAUUGAAAUCUUCCAGGAAUCCGGACCCUGUCAAGUCGCCGAACCCUUCCCCUAAGGGCUAUAUCAUUGGACGUCACCCUGAAUGUGACCUGGUCCUAAAUAUCCCAACCAUAUCGAAUCGCCACUGCUUGAUUUUUAACGAAACUAGGAACGGAGAUGUUGUUGCUAUUCUCGAGGAUCUCUCCAGCAACGGAACCUUCGUUAAUGAGGCUAUACUAGGGCGCAAUAAACACAGAGAGCUUGAGGAUGGCGACGAAAUCACUAUUAUUGAUGAGGCUCGGUUCGUAUUUCGGUAUCCUCGGACAAGGGACGCAAGUGGCUUCCGACAACAGUAUAGGAUCCUGCAACAACUCGGAAAGGGGCAUUUUGCAACAGUCUACCUCUGUGUGGAGCGAGCUACCGGUAAAAAGUACGCUGUAAAGGUGUUUGAGAGGCGACAGAGUGAAUCUCAAAAGUCUCAAGCAGAAGCCCUCCAGCAAGAAAUUGCUCUCUUAAUGAGCGUCAACCACCCCAAUGUUUUAUGUCUCAAAGAUACAUUCGAUGAGCGCGACGGCGCUUAUUUGGUCCUCGAGCUCGCUCCGGAGGGAGAAUUAUUCAACUAUAUUGUCAGAAAACAAAAGCUCUCUGAGAACCAAACUCGCAAACUGUUCCUUCAAUUAUUCCAGGGCUUGAAGUAUCUGCAUGAUCGUGGCAUUGUGCAUCGUGAUAUCAAGCCCGAAAACAUUCUCCUCGUAGAUAAGAAUCUCCACGCGAAAUUGGCCGACUUUGGCCUCGCCAAAAUAAUUGGGGAGGAUUCAUUUACUACAACAUUAUGUGGAACGCCGAGUUACGUUGCACCCGAGAUAUUAGAGGAAUCCCGACAUCGAAGAUACACCAAGGCAGUUGAUAUCUGGUCUUUGGGUGUUGUUCUUUAUAUAUGCCUUUGUGGAUUUCCACCCUUCUCCGAUGAACUUUACACCCCGGAAAACCCGUACAACCUGGCCCAACAAAUUAAGAUGGGUCGGUUCGAUUAUCCAUCGCCCUACUGGGAUUCGGUUGGCGACGUGGCUCUUGACUUGAUUGACCGAAUGCUCACUGUGAACGUUGAUAAACGAAUUACAGUGGAUGAAUGUCUCGAACACCCUUGGAUGACUCAAAAUUUUCCAAGCGUUACUGACAGCACAGACGGCUUGACUGGGGCCAUGGAUCAACUGGAUUUCUCAAGGCGUAAGCCCGGACGCGAACGGACAUUGCUCAGUUCAAUCAAUGAUGUGGAAGUGCACAAGGUUAUCCAAGACGACAACGAGGGGGAGGAGGUCAAGGUAUUCCGCAAGAACUCUACGACAAAGCAUGCUCCAAAGCAUACGAAUCAACGUCAUGAACCUUGGCCAGCUGCGAAUCGUCCUACAGCGGAAUUCGUCAAUAUGGGCGGUCGCGGGGAUCCCGUCUUAUACGAGGAGGAUGAUACCGGUAGUCGCUAUCCAGCCAAAGGCCAUCGCAAAAAUUAG